GUCGAGCUUUAUUUAAAGACCAAACAUCAUGGGUCAUCUCGAACAGUGGCGCUCCCGCCAGAAGAUUGGCAUGGGAAAAGGUUCCCGACACUGCGUGAUUUGCUCCAAUCAGAAGGCCAUCAUUCGCAAGUACGAGCUCAACAUCUGCCGUCAGUGCUUUCGUGAGAAUGCCGAACACAUCGGCUUCACCAAGCUUCGAUAAAGUGUUGAUGUAAUGCGAUUUAUUUAUUUGAAAGCUCACAUUCAAUGUUUUCUUUUAGUUUAAUAUUUAUUCAAAUAAAUUAAUAAA